AUGUUUGCCACUGGCUUCCGUGCACCGCCUUCAGGCACGCCAGCCGACAAAGCCAAUUUGACAGUGAUUGGCAGCAACGGUAUCUCUAUGAGUGAAGAAUGGUCACGUUGUGGUCCAACAACCUUACAUGGUGUCCUCGAUACCAAGUUCCCGAACCUAUUUCUAUCGGGUCCCCAGCAGGCCUCUACUAGCGGUAACUAUCGCUUUAACCUUGAUGAAUAUGCAAAACAUGUGGCAUAUAUACUCUCUGAGUCAAACGUCGAGCCAAUGGGAAAUCUUUCGCUGUCGCUCCAACGACUGAGGCGACAGAAUUUUGGGGAACACAGGUCAUGA